AAAUCACAGAGGGCGCUGGUAUAAACGACAAUGGGUCGAUGGUGACGCUUUGCCUUUUAUUUUCUCAAUAAGUUUACUACAAAAACAUCCAAUACUUCUUUCUCAUUGAAAACAGUAAAAGAUUCCUUAAAGCCAAUCAAUUCCUUUAAAUUGAGUAAAUGGCCGACAAAACUGAAAAGAUUACAUGUGAUGAGUGUGUAGAAGAAUUUAGUACCGUCUCGGCAGCCAUACAGCACAAAUUUCGAAAACAUAGGCAGUCGAGUGUCAAACAUUACUGCCCAUAUUGUGGGAUGCAGUUUCCCAUCAAGUAUUGUAGAGAUAAACAUGUCCUAUCACAUGAAAAUGAAGGAGGAAGCAGUGGACUACAUUCAUGUUCUGAAUGUGAAGCAACAUUCUACAAUGACACUGCUCUACAGUAUCACUCAAAGUCAAUUCAUAAUCGGGUUGUAAAACUAGUAAAAGCUAUUGAGACACCUCCUCCCAGUCGCAAAAUUAAGUGCAAUAAUGCCAAGGAACCUCAGAGUGUGUACUACUGCCAUUUGUGUGGGUCUGAGUACAUAAUGAAGUACAAUCUUGAAGUUCAUCUGGAGAGACAGCAUAAAGAAGAGGAACGAAAUGCAUUGCCCCAAGAGCUAAUUAAAUGCAAAAUGUGUGAUGCUUUGUUCUUCAACAAACGAGCUUAUGAGAAUCACAAUCUUUUCCACAAAAGUGAUGAUGUCUACAUAGAAAAUGAACAGCAGAGGCAAACACUAGUUACUCGUGUUGAUCAGGAUUUCGAUAUAAGGCGGGUUCAGACCCAGGCCGAGAAAUUCCUACCUAAAGCCGAAACCCUGAGUCGAGGUCGGAAGAGGAAAGCUCAGGCCAGCAAACAAAAAUCUUCUUCAGUUCGAUGGAAAUCGUCAACCACAGAAACUGUAGAUGCUGGGAACGAUUCCGAUUGUUUAUCCAGUGCCAGUUCCAUCUCCGACAGUGAAGACGAAGAGGAUAAAACGACAAAUAAUCCAGAAAAAAAUCAAGUCAUUUGUGAAUAAAAGUUCCUCUUACGUGAUGUACAUUUUCUUAUAAACGCAGUGUGCAGCCGUUACAACCCAUCUGUCAUUAACCAAUGUUCCUCCGCAAAAAUGAGACAUUGUCCUUUGUCUAUUUGGUCCGGCGCCGCCAGUUGAUAACUGCAGAGAAAUUUGCCACGUCUCCUCGCCUACAGUUGCAAUCAAGACCAUGAAAAUGAUGAUGUGCAUCGGAAGAAAUGAAUGUGAACUUUUUUUUAGUCAGAAAUACCAUUUCGGGCUUUUUCCCCGUUGACUAUUCGACUUGGACGGAAAGAAGGGACGUCGGCGAUGGAAACAGCAUUUGCUUGAGUCGCCCAGUUCCAAAGGAGGAGGAUGUAAAUGAAACGGCACAUCACAACGUUGUUUACCUGAAACGCAGUGUUGCAGUGACAGUGGUGGUUUGUCGCUGUUGUAUAAAUGUGAGUGGUUGACUGACCAAAUGAAAGCUCUCUUAUUCUAUUUUAUUUUACAUAUGUAAGUUUGACUGUGACUGGUCUGGUCACAACGCUGAAUAAAAGUUCUGUUUUCACUUC